AUGGUCAAGGCUAUCGUUGUCGCUGCCGCAUUGGCUGCUGUCGUCCCUGUCCUCUCCAUUCCCAUCAACGUCGAGUAUGACCUCGAGCACCGAGAUGUCUUGGACCUCUUUGAGCGCCAGUACAACGGUGACGAGGGCAGCACUGUCAAGGCUGGAGAAGAUAAAGGCGGGUCGGCCGUCAAGGGUGGUAUCGUCCCUUCUGGAAAACAGAGGACUGGUCGCCGUUCCUUCGACGACUACGACCUCUUCGAACGCCAGGACCCUAACAGCGGAUCCGGCGAGCCAGACGAAGGCACCAAGUCGGGCGGAGCGAUCAAGACCAACAUCACCCCAAAGGGAGGAAGGAAGGGCCGCCGCUCUCUCGACUACUACGACCUCUUCGAGCGCCAGGACCCUAACAGCGGAUCCGGCGAGCCAGACGAGGGGAAAAAGUCAGGCGGUGCGAUCAAGACCAACAUCACCCCCAAGGGAGGAAGGAAGGGCCGCCGCUCCUUCGACGACUACGACCUCUUCGAGCGCCAGGACCCUAACAGCGGAUCUGGCGAGCCUGACGAGGGCACAAAGUCGGGCGGAGCGAUCAAGACCAAUAUCACCCCCAAGGGAGGGAGAAAGGGUCGCCGCUCCUUCGACGACUACGAUCUCUUCGAGCGACAGGACCCUAACAGCGGAUCUGGCGAGCCUGACGAGGGCACCAAGUCGGGCGGAGCGAUCAAGACCAACAUCACCCCCAAGGGAGGAAGAAAGGGUCGCCGCUCCUUCGACGACUACGAUCUCUUCGAGCGACAGGACCCUAACAGCGGAUCUGGCGAGCCUGACGAGGGCACAAAGUCAGGCGGUGCGAUCAAGACCAACAUCAUCCCCAAGGGAGGAAGAAAGGGCCGCCGGUCUUUCGACUACUACGACCUCUUCGAGCGACAGGACCCCAGCAAUGGCCCUGAUGGAGGGUCAAAGGAACCCAACGACGGCAAGCCCCGUCCCGACCUCACCCCGGGGACCAGGAGGGGUAGGAACGGCCGCCGCUCCUUCGACGCCUUCUUGCUCGAUCAACUCGACUGA